CACUAAAGCACAGCACAGAGGAAAACUGCACAUCCGCGGGAGAAACCUCACAUCUGGAUCUGCUUUCUUGGCGGAGUGAGAAAUCCACAGAAACAUGGACCACGACAUACAAUUAACAACAUCCUCCAUCCUUUCCACAAUCCCUACGACUGUCACCACCAACAACCUCACCAACGUCACCCAGUGCCCGCAUUGGGAAGUGUGGGACUGGUUGUACAUCAUGCAGCCUGCGUACAUGUUCAUCAUCUGCGUGCUGGGAAUCCUGGGAAACGUCUUCGUCCUGCUGGUCUUCGGCCUGCAUAAGAAAGCGUGUAUGGUGGCUGAAAUCUACUUGGGAAACCUGGCGGCCGCUGACCUCCUGUUGGUUUCGUGUUUGCCAUUCUGGGCCAUCAACAUCGCCGACGGGUUUAAUUGGCGGUUCGGCUCGGUCAUGUGCCGACUAGUCAACAUGGGCAUCAGAAUGAACACGUUUUGUAGUAUUUACUUACUAGUGUUGGUUAGCGCCGACCGAUACGUCGCACUCGUCCACGCCUUGUCUCGUGGUAGAAUGAGACGACCGCGCUACGCCAAACUCAAUUGCAUUGCCGUUUGGGUUUUAGGAAUAAUCUUCAACAUCCCAACGCUUUAUUUCCGGGAUACUCAAUUCAUCCCGGAGCUGAACAUCACGGCUUGUAUUCUGAACUAUCCGAACGCCAACAUCGGCCUCGCUUGUGACAUUCUUCUCAUCUUGCUAAGUUUCAUCAUCCCAUUCUUGGUGAUCUCCUACUGCACGCUGAAGAUCAUCAGAGCCUUACACGAGCAGGUCGUCAACCGCUUCAAUGCAGAAAACACUGAAAGGAAAGCCACCGUCCUGGUGCUGGUGGUGCUGGUAGUGUUUCUCUUGUGUUGGGUGCCGUUCCACCUCGUGACCCUCAUGGAUAUUCUAAUGCGCUUCGGCGUCUUCGCCGGAUGCGACUUUGAAUCCGGUCUGGACAUCUCCAAUCAGAUAUUCACCUACUUGGCUUUGAGCAACAGCGUGUUGAACCCUAUACUCUACGUGAUCGUGGGCAAGAACUUCAGGAAGAAAGUCAAAGAACUGACGAAGCAGCUUAUGGAGAAAAAAAAUGAUUCGACAAGCAGUUCUACAAGAUCGCAGCUCUCGUCAACCUUAAAGACCUUUACAACAUUUUAAGACAAUUAAGCAUAAAAAGUCCACAGGCACAAAUUAAAGCUAUUAUUUAUGAUAUCUGUUUAGUUUGUCAGUUGUGAGGUGCACUAAAAAAUGAAGUUGUAAAUAGUUUAUUGAAGUAUUUUCUGUCUCUGUUUCACUUUAAUUCAAUGUGUGGCUUGCUGUUUCUUUGUAAUUAUUUGUAAAAUUUACUAGUAAUUUCUGAGUAAAAAUGAAGUAAAUCCACAUUAAAUUAAAAGACCUUCACAAAAUAUUAAGACAAUUACGUAUAAAUUGUCCAUAAGCACAUAUUAAAAUUCUAAUUUAUGUCUGUUUUGAUGUAAAACAAAUGUUUUGUUUUUGCUUUUUUGUUUUUUAAAGUUGUAAAUAAAACAAAUUAUUAGUGUUUUACAAGUGAAUACCAUUUUUGUCUUUCUACUUGAUUUCAUAUAUAAUUCAUUGUGUUGUUUCUUCGUAAUUAUUUGUAAAGUUUACUACCAAAAAGUGUUUACAUAAACCCUACAACAAAUAUACAGACCUGUACAAACCAUUAAGACCAUUAUGUAUAAAAUGUCAUGUUUUAACGUGAUUUUGAAGUGUUGUAAA